AUGUUCAAGAAAUUGGGGAUUACCGUUACACUGACUGAAGCAUUACACCAAAUCCCUACAAAUGCAAGAUGGUUGAAAAAACCCCUAAAAAAGAAAAAAUAUGUAGAUGAGGGAAUCCUUGAAGUACAAGGAAAUUGCAGUGUGAUUUAUCAAAAGACACUUCCUCCUAAAGUCAAAGAUCCGGGAAGCUUCACUAUUCCUUGCAAUAUUGGAAACUGUAAAGUAAGGAAUGCUCUAAUUGAUUUAGGGGCUAGUAUCAACUUGAUGCCUUUAUCCAUGCUAAAGAAGAUUGAUGGUCUUGAGGUUAAACCGACAAAGAUGGUGUUGCAAAUGACGGAUAGAUCUACCAAGAGUCCCUAUGGCAUAGUAGAGGACGUUGUGGUGCAAGUUGAUAAAUUAAAAUUCCCGGUGGAUUUUGUGGUAAUAGAGAUGGGGAAGAUUUGA